GCAGAGAUAAAUGCAAUGAAAAUGCUAAAACAUCCGAACAUAUUACGGAUUCAUGACAUAUAUGAAGAUUUGAAUAAUAUUUAUCUUAUAUUGGAUUACUGUUCAGGGGGAGAGUUGUAUCAACGAUUAAAUAACGUGCAGAAACGCGGUAUGGUUUUCUCCGAAACAAGAGUACGAUUGCUGAUGCGACAAAUUUUAUCGGCUCUAGCAUAUAUGCACGCAAACAACAUAUUGCACAAAGAUCUUAAGCCUGAAAACAUCAUGUUUGUUGAUUCAAGCAUUCGAGAUCACUUAGUUAUUAUUGAUUUUGGACUAUCAGAAAUUUUUGAAAAAUCGCAAACAAUCAGUCACCACGCUGGUGGAACCGUAUUAUAUAUGGCUCCUGAAGUAUUUUCUCGAAAAUUAUCAUUCAAAAGCGACGUUUGGAGUGCCGGCUGCAUAAUGUUUUUGUUGUUGACGGGCUAUUUGCCGUUUUCAGGUCGAACAAUAACAGAAGUCAACGAAGCUGUUAACAACUCAAACCCCAAAUAUCAAACCAGAUGUACUCAUUGCAAAUAA